UCACCUUUACCGAACACGAAAUGUCGGCCUGCGAACCCGUCGGUGAUGGGUCGAGUUAGCGCACCACGGUACAACAGCAAUCACGCGCCCCGAACAAAUCAAAACGACGGAAGGCGCAGCACCCUGCUAAAAUACAGUACCAGCGAACUGGUGGCCACCGUUUUGGGCUCUGUGCAAUGAAGAGUGCUGGAAAAAGGGACCCACAGUGCGUUGUACGAAGGACGGUUGUGUCGGCCACACGGAAUCACGGGCACCGCUGGCAAAGGUGAAGCAAUCGUGAAAAGGGAACACACACAACACAAAAGGAGCAAACAACACUGCCACAAGGUCACAUUCGUCUCGCGGGCCAUGAUGAAUCGAACGCAGCAUAUUUCAACAUACGGAUGCUCCUUGCUGUUGUGACGUCACUCUUUGAGGGUUUUGCAUCACCUCACACAGCGACGACAGUGCCAACAGCUGAUACCAACGCACACAGACUCGUUGGAACCGAGCAACGAUUAUCAACGCGUCUGAUAAGUGAACACAACACCGGCCGUCGACGACCGACCAUCAUCUGACACACAGUGGUGGGGGGCUCCGCAUCGAAAAAAAUCAAGAUGGGGGACGGCGGCACUACCGGGCCCUUUCUGCGCACCAUCGAGUGGGACAUGAUGGACAAGCGCAAGUUUUUCCCCCUGUCGAUGCUGAGCUCGUUUUCCGUGCGCUGUGCACUCUACCCACUCACGGUGAUCAAAACGCAGCUGCAGGUCCAGUUCCGGAACGACGUCUACAAAGGUAUGAUCGAUGCGGGCAUCAAGAUCUACCGCAACGAGGGCAUACCGGGUCUGUACCGUGGCUUCUGGAUCUCCUCGGUGCAGAUUGUGAGCGGUGUGUUCUACAUCAGCACGUACGAAGGCGUCCGGCACGUGCUCGGACAGUACGGGGCUAACCAGCGCGCCAAAUCGCUGAUCGGUGGUGCCUGCGCCUCGCUCGUCGGACAAACCAUCAUCGUACCGUUCGAUGUCAUCUCCCAGCACGCGAUGGUCCUCGGUAUGGGGGCACACGGUGGCAAGAACGGAGCCGUGAACCCGCUCGGUAUCAACUUUGACAAGGAGAGCAGCCGGUUACGCAUUACGCGUGAUAUUGCGCGCGAAAUCAUGCGGCGGGACGGUUUUGCUGGCUUCUACCGUGGCUACACCGCCAGCCUGAUGGCGUACGUACCGAACUCGGCCAUGUGGUGGGGCUUCUACCACCUGUACCAGGACGAACUGCUAAAGAUCGUCCCACCGUGGGUUUCGCAUCUGCUGGUGCAGUGUGUGGCCGGUAGCUUCGGUGGUUUCACCACGACCAUCAUCACCAACCCGCUCGACAUCGUCCGGGCACGGUUACAAGUUCAACGGCUCGACUCGAUGAGCGUGGCGUUCCGCGAGCUGUGGCACGAGGAACAGUUUCACAUGUUCUUUAAGGGCCUAACCGCCCGAUUAGUGCAAUCGGCCGCAUUUUCCUUCAGUAUCAUCCUCGGGUACGAAACGAUCAAGCGGGUUUCGGUUAACGAGCAGUACCGGCAUCUAAUCAAGUGGUAGGAAAGCCUCGGAGGCACUUCAGUUGUUUGUUUUUUUUAUGAAUAGGAAGCGCUCAUCAUAAUCUGCAAAUAUGUUCACUCUUCAUCGUUACACCCCCAGCGUGUGUGUGCGCGCGUAUAUCUCACCGCGGAUCGUACGUAGGCUUAAGGCGUAAUGUUAGAAGUUAAACGUUUCUCAAACAACCCCCUUACGGAACAAUAAUAGAGACAAGGAAAUGUUACAAUAACAGCACCGCUGGGCUAGUAGUUUACUGUAGAGCUUCGGUGAUAAGCUACUUAAAAAAGGAUGCGCAAUAUUUAUCAAACGAAAGAGAACAAACCGUCGCAGCGCAUAAGCCACGUGGUGGUAGAUAUUUAAUUAAUGGUGUUAAAAAACUCCGGACCGAAAGUAGCAUUGGUUGCUCUUUUGAUGUGACAAUAUCUAUGGCAACUGUGGUAGGACUGUACACGGUAGAAUAUUCUCUUUCCUAUUUUAUCUGUAGGGACUGUAAAACGCGCAAACGAAAUGGUAAACCAUGGUGUUAUCGUUGUAGUUUAGCCUGAUACUGAACCAUAGGCCACGAGGGUAGAGUUUUUGGUGCAAAAGUUUGAAAUGCCCUUGAACUGUUCAGAAACUCCACAAACUAUGCACACCGACAGUAUCACAUUCAGUUCAAAACUAGAGCCAACAUUUCUGUGGUGUUAUUGUUUUUUUAAGAUGUUAAACUAAACGGCGAACGAGAGGAAUAAAUCAAUGUAAAGUAUGUUAGGUGGUCUUUAAAAAAGAAAUAACAGAAAAAGGAUGGAAUUUUGCAGAACGAAAAACCAAAAA